GGAGAAGGUGGGGGGGAAAGGCGAAAACCCGGAGCGCUUCGCCGUGUGUCCAUUAUCAACCAGUUGCUCCUAGGUGCCAGGAAUUUGGUUAAACUGAAAAGGCGGUUGGAGACAACUCAACUUGACCGAAAUCUCAACAGCAGAGAAAAUGACGUCAUCGAGAAGUAGUUGUAGGCGAUUGACGGUGGCCACCGCUUUGGUCUGCUGUUUGCUGGCCGGUUUGGCCGUUUCCCUGCCGGCCGGCGAACUGGCCAACAGUCAGACCAUGUCGAGCAGCUCGUCGGUUUCGGCUUCGUUUUCUUCGUCGUCGGUCCAGCAAUCGGCCUCGGCUUCCGUCUCAUCCUCGGCCGACAAGAAACAAUUAAUUAAAACAACCACCACAACAACAUCGACAACCACAUCGACGACAUCGACGACGACCGAUGCGGCUCCCAUCGUCAUUCCUUUAGAUGAAACGGAGAAGGAAGAAGCCCAACCCGACUAUCAGGAGCCUCAAUCUCAACCGGAACCCGAGCCGGAGCCCAAACCCGAGCCGGAACCCGAACCCAAACCGGAACCCGAACCCGAGCCCGAACCCAAACCCGAGCCGGAGCCGGAGCCCAAACCCGAGCCCAAACCUGUCGAGCCUGUCGACACGGAUGCCACCGAUUUACAGAAUUUACAGAAACCCAAGGAGGAGAUUCCCGUGCUGAAACCCGUGGAUGAGGAAACCAAGGCCGACGUGGAGGAGGAAUCCAAUGGCAACAGCAUCCAGCAGCAGCACUCUGCCCGGCCAGCGGCAGAAAAUCGAGAAGAAGAAGAAGAAGAAGAAAAGUGCCAGUGCAAAUUACGUGAACUGACAGACAAAAUGGUCGUUGACGAUCGGAUAACCAACGAUCCGGAUCGGUUGAUUGGCGGCUCGUUUCGUCAAGUCGAUCGCAGAACAUGUCCUGCAUUAAGGAGUCGACGGCGAGGAGGCUUUUUCCUGGCCAUCCUUGUCGUUUUCGUGAUCUUUCUCGACGUGACUGGAGCCACUUCUCUCGGCCAGGCUCUACCGGCCCUUCCCAUUUCGUCCAUCGACGCCUAUCAGCCUCUCAGGGAGAAAGAGAUUUGUCCCAGUAUCGAAGUCCGGAACGGCCCCCAACAAUUUUCGGAAUUGGAGGGCUGCCGAGUGGUGGAAGGUUUCCUUCACAUUGUUUUGAUGGAAAAUUUGGACUUUGCCAGCGACUUGAAUAAUCGCAGCUUCCCGGCCUUGCGGGAAAUCACGGGCUAUUUGCUUUUUUACCGCGUCUUUGGCCUACGCUCCAUCGGCCAACUGUUUCCCAAUUUGGCCGUCAUCCGCGGCCAGCAGCUCCUUUUCGAUUUCUCAUUCGUCGUUUAUGAACUCAUGCAACUACAGGAAAUUGGACUGAAAUCGUUGGCGGAACUGCAGCGCGGAUCCGUCCUCAUUGAAAAAAAUCCAAAUCUCUGCUACGUGGAAUCGAUCGAUUGGGGCCGAAUUGGUCAUUCCGGCCGCCUCAAUCAUUUCAUCCAGGGUAAUAAAAGGGCCAGCGAAUGUCCGAAAUGUCAGGAUCGUUGUCCAGCCGGUGGAGAUGGUCGCCGACUUUGUUGGAACAACGACGACUGCCAGAAAGUUUGUCCCAGUAUCGAAGUCCGGAACGGCCCCCAACAAUUUUCGGAAUUGGAGGGCUGCCGAGUGGUGGAAGGUUUCCUUCACAUUGUUUUGAUGGAAAAUUUGGACUUUGCCAGCGACUUGAAUAAUCGCAGCUUCCCGGCCUUGCGGGAAAUCACGGGCUAUUUGCUUUUUUACCGCGUCUUUGGCCUACGCUCCAUCGGCCAACUGUUUCCCAAUUUGGCCGUCAUCCGCGGCCAGCAGCUCCUUUUCGAUUUCUCAUUCGUCGUUUAUGAACUCAUGCAACUACAGGAAAUUGGACUGAAAUCGUUGGCGGAACUGCAGCGCGGAUCCGUCCUCAUUGAAAAAAAUCCAAAUCUCUGCUACGUGGAAUCGAUCGAUUGGGGCCGAAUUGGUCAUUCCGGCCGCCUCAAUCAUUUCAUCCAGGGUAAUAAAAGGGCCAGCGAAUGUCCGAAAUGUCAGGAUCGUUGUCCAGCCGGUGGAGAUGGUCGCCGACUUUGUUGGAACAACGACGACUGUCAGAAAGUUUGCGACCAAUGCGGUCAAGGCGUCAGCGGAGCGUGCAGCGUGAUGACGAGGGAUGUUGGGCGUCCGUCCGAUAUGCGCUGCUGUCACGAGGAGUGCGCCGGUGGGUGCAGUGGCGGCCAGAGCAACCAGUGCGACGUUUGCAAACACGUCAUCCACAACGACGAAUGCCGAUCCGUCUGUCCUCCUGGCCAUUACUUGUUUAUGAAGCGGCGAUGCGUCACCGACGUCGAGUGCAUCACCAUGCUACCCCCACGCCAAUCUGUCCAGGAAUAUCCGUACGUCAAAAAGAAUUGGAAGGUCUUUGCUGAGUCGGGAGAAUGCAUCUUGGAAUGUCCGCCAGGCUUUCAGGAAAAAAAAAUAAAUCACACUGAUACUCUACAUUAUUUUACCUGCGUUCCCUGUCAAGGUCCUUGUCCCAAGGUGUGCAAGGGAUUGUUCGUUAGCAACAUCGAAACGGUCCAAAAGUUGCGCGGAUGCACAACAAUCGAUGGCGACCUGGAAAUGCAGAUCAAAGGAGGCGACAACAUCAUCCAGGAACUGGAAAGGAGUCUCGGCAGCAUCGAAGUGAUUAAAGGAGUUCUCAAAAUCACGCGCUCCUUUCCCAUCUUGUCGCUCAGUUUCUUCAAAAGUCUCAGGACCAUUACCGGGAAACCGGAACCGAAACAUUCCAGUGGGAGCAAAAAUUUCGACGACGAAUACGCGUUGACUGUUCAGGACAAUCAAAAUUUGCAGCAGCUGUGGCCCAAGACACAGAAUUUGACAAUCUAUAAAAAGAUGUUGUUCCACUUCAAUCCCAAGUUGUGUUUGAAUUUAAUCGAAGAGCUCGUCAACUCCAGUACCGUUCCAGGAACUUUGGCGUUUAAGCACUCGGACGUGGACAUUUCACCUUGGUCAAAUGGCGAUAAGGCGACGUGUGACGAACAAGUUCUCAACGUCACUAUUGUUAACAAGUCCUCUGUUGGAAUGCUGUUAAGUUGGGACAAUUUCAGAGCAAUGUUGGAUGAUAAACGCCAAUUGCUGGGCUAUAUUAUUUCUUAUAUCGAGGCUCCUUUUGCAAAUGUCUCUUAUUACGAUGGACGUGACGCUUGUGGUGGUGACGGGUGGAGGGUCAACAAUGUUGCUGCUAAUCUUGAUGCUCAUUCUGACGAAAAUCAAAUGCACCUUAUUACUUUUCUCAAGCCUUACACCCAAUACGCCAUUUACGUCCAAACGUAUACAGUCGCACUGCAACAAAUGGGCAAACGGGUAGGCGCCCGAAGUCCAAUUUUGUACGAAAGAACUAGUCCAGCAGAACCCGAUCAGCCAGAAGAUUUAAGAGCUUCUGCCAACUCUAGCUCCGAACUCGUUAUAGAAUGGAAACCCCCGAUUAAUCCUAACGGAAUUGUGACACAUUACAUCGUCACUGGCAGUUGGCGUAAAGACGACCAAGACUACUUUGACAAGCUCGACGCUUGCGCUGAACAUGCUAGUUCAUUGGUUGUUAGCGAAACGAAGAAGCCAGUUUUAGAGGAGACAUCACCGGAUAAUCGGACUUCAAUAUUCGGCGAUCCAAGUAUUUUUGGAGGGUCCCCUGAAGGAAACAACAACCCCGAAAGUGGCGGCGGCAGUGGCAGUGCUCAGCAAGGCAAAUGUUGCCAAUGCACUGGGACAAAUGACAAAGUGACUCUGGAGAAGAAGGAAAAAGAGCAACAAUUCAAAAUUGAAUUUGAAAACUUUCUCCAUGAUAAAAUCUACAUCAAAGACCCCGUUGUCCACGGCCGAAAAAAACGACAAGCUGAUGCGACGACUGAAACUGGAGAUCAUGACAACAACCAUGACAACAACAUCGUAGAAGAAUUCCCCGAGAUUACGAUUAAUUCCUCUCACAACCAAGCAAUUGGAAUUGUGCCAGGUGAAAAUCACACCAACACCUACGAAAAUAAUCGGUUGGUCACUUUUUAUCAAAAAGUGACGGGUACGAGUUACACUGUGGUCGGUGUACGACACUACGCCGAAUAUACAAUACAAGUGGUCGCCUGUCACGACCACGAUCCCGUCAGGAAUAGGAGCCUUUGCAGUUUAACGGCCGUGACUUCAGCUCGCACCAAACAGAGUGAUUUUGCGGAUGAUAUCGUUGGUGGUGUAGUGAGAUACGAUUCGAAUUCCACGACUUCAUCGAUCAAAAUUGGUUGGAGUGAACCGGAGGAUCCCAACGGACUUGUCACAAAAUAUCUUCUUGAAUACAAACGAACUGACAACGGCAAAGUUGUCAGAGAAUGCAUUCGCCGGAAGGACUUUGUUGAAAGCAAUAAGACCCGACUAAUGGCUGACCUAAUUCCGGGCAAUUACUGCGUUCACGCUCGAGCUUUUUCUUUGGCUGGGCCUGGACCACCUACGAAGGACGUUUGUUUCCUUAUCGAGGAACCCGUGAGUGGACUAAAUUAUAGCCUUGUAUCCAUAUUCGUCUUGGUCCUCUUCGCUGUGGUUUUCUUAUGCGCACUAAUGGGAUAUUUUUUCAUCAAAAACAAAAAGAACAAGGAUGGAAAGGGCAUUGUCUCUAUCAAUCCUGAUUAUCAUAGAUACGUCCCUGACGAUUGGGAAGUGGCUCGCGACAAUGUUGUCACUAUUCGUCCAUUGGGUCAGGGAUCUUUUGGUAUGGUCUAUGAAGGCAUAUUACGUAGCAACGGAUCUGAAACUAAGUGCGCUAUCAAAACCGUUAACGAAAAAGCCGAUGUAACUGAAAGGAUCCAAUUCCUCAACGAAGCCUCCGUCAUGAAAGAAUUUAACGCUCACCACGUCCUCAAACUAUUGGGUGUUGUAUCUAAAGCUCAACCUACAUUGGUCAUCAUGGAGCUGAUGGCUAAUGGAGACCUUAAGACUUACUUACGCUCACGUCGACCUGACUGCGAGGAAAAUGUCAUCCAAGGUCGACAACCGCCUACUCUUAAGUGUAUAUUGAAGAUGGCCAUCGAAAUUGCCGAUGGCAUGAUGUACUUAUCGGAGAAGAAGUACGUUCAUCGUGAUUUAGCUGCUCGGAAUUGCAUGGUGGCCAGUGAUCUGACCGUGAAGAUUGGCGAUUUCGGACUAACGCGUGAUGUUUACGAAACGGAUUAUUACCGGAGAGGAGAUGCUCAAGGAUUGUUGCCUGUCCGAUGGAUGUCACCCGAAUCACUUCGUGACAAUGUCUACACUUCAUCGAGUGACGUCUGGAGUUUUGGCGUCGUGUUAUGGGAAAUGGCAACUCUGGCAUCGCAACCCUAUCAGGGUUUGCCCAACGAGGAGGUUGUCAAGUAUGUGAUGGAUGGCAGAGUUAUGGAACGGCCCGAAGGUUGCCCAAACAGGCUUUACAUUCUUAUGGAAAGCUGUUGGCAACAUCAUCCGAAGAAACGACCUACCUUCAUAGAACUCGUCGAAAACCUUUUGCCAGACGUUUCGUCGCAAUUUGCAAGCGUUUCGUUUUUUCAUUCAGACGCCGGUAUUAGUGCUCGGGCGACACUCAGGGCUUACUACGAGCAAGAAACUCAACGUCUCAACGAUCCAUCGACACCACUGCACGAAACACUGACCGAUGGCAAUGGUGAUUUGCUAGUGAAUGACCCUUUAUCCCAAAACCAUUGUUACACCAGUGAUCAGAUUCUGCAGAUUGACAAUGAACAACACAUUUUCAAAGAUCAGAGACCACCUUCCAGCCUGCAACUUGGGAAUAGCAGAAGAGCGGAACACGAAGAAGGUAUCAGGGAUGACGAGGUAGGUGAUGACGAUCAUGUCCCUGUUCUAUUUCCACAUGAAAGGCGAGCCAUAAUUUACGUUACAAAUCCUGGUGGUCAAAUUGCUGCAAACGGCAAUGGCAGCAAGAGCGAAAGCUCCAAAGGCACUACCUCCAUGGCUAGUGAAGAUAGUAAAGGAAGUUAUGUUAGCAACGGCAGUGCGUCCAACGGUUACGUCUUGGGCAUUUUGAAACAGCGUCGGUAUAACAACACGUAAGGUUGAAACUCCACUUUCUCUCUCAGUCUUCUCCGAUUUGUAAAUCUACCUCGUGCAAAUCAAUGUUUUGUCUGUCAGUUACCCACAAACAGGGACUAGCUCAUAACGGAAACAAACCAGUGAAUUUGCAAACAAAAAACAAAGUCUCGUUAAAUAUCUCCCUCAUUCGUUUUCUGACAAAAUAUUUGUUUGUUUGUUUUCCAGUGUACUGUUUCCUGGACGUACUUAUAUUUACGAUGUAUAUAGAUAAUUUUAUGCUGUACAUAUGUUUUAAAAAUGAAUUUUGCAGCUGCCGAAAAAACGACGUUGUGUGGAUAACACAGAUGCCGAAAAACAGACUGGUCAACGAUGCUUUGUUUGUAUGCGUGUUAAAAUUACGAAUAAUAUUUAUACAGUGCAAAUAUUUUACGACUUUGAAAAAGAAAAAAAAAUUCCAAUUUUUGUUAGGUUUUUUUUUUAAAAAAAGCCCAACAAUUGUUGUACCUCAUUUACUAGUUUUAGUGUAUUUACAUAUAGGUUCAUAUCUUGUUGAAAAUUCUUCAAAAAGAAUGUGAAACACUGCAUAUUUAUCUGCUCAAACACAAACACAAAAAUGUGAGCUGCCUCGAAUGCACGUCAUAAUGACGUGCGCAUUUGUAACAGCAUGUGUGCCCGCUUUUUUCCCCCUUCCGGCAAAUGUUUUCUUUUGCUGAUACAAGUCACUCUUUUAUUCUUGUUACAAAGCGAAUGUGUGUAUGCGACUAAGUUUGUUUCAGUUGUUAAUGGCCACAAUGGCAGACAUUUUUCUUAUUAUUUGUUUCCGUCUAUUAGACUCUUAUUGAGUCUUCAAGUGGAUCAAGGCAAAGAAAAGAAAUGCUACUAUAACAAUACACAAAGCAGAAAAUUAA